AUGUGCGAAGGAUUUCGUGAUCCUUCACACGUCACCCCGUACAUCCUGAAGCAGUCGUCGAUUGCAGUCAUCGCCGACCAUGAACAUAAGGCACAAGGUCUCGUUCUAGGCGCACUUGUAGCCGAAAGCCACAUCUGUGGACGGGAAUAG